AUGGAUGGCAGCAACCUGUCGUUGAUACCAGAUGAUAGGUGCAAGAGUGCAAAGAGUGAGAAAAAGAGGAAAAAAGAAUACAUUAAGACAUUUGAUUUUCAUUCAUGCCUUUCCCAAAUGGCAUUGAAGAAUAUGGCUUCUUCUUCUAAGAAAGAUUUUGCUUGGCAAUGGACAAAAGAUUUGGAUCCUGUCACCAUGCAUUUCUAUUGUGUUUUUUGUAACCACAAAUGCACGGGUUCAAUUUCUAUAUUCAAACAUCACUUGGGUGGAGUAAGUUCAGGAGGAAUGAUAAGUUGUAAAAAAGUCCUACCCAAUGUGAAGGAAGAAUGCUUUGCUAAUGUUAUGGGAACUAAAGAAAAGAGGAAAGCUAGCCAUGAGUUGUGUCAUGGUGGUGGAGAAGAAAGUGAAAGUGUCGAUAUGGGCACAACAAGGACACCAUAUGUAAGUAGUAGGAGUGGGAGUGUAAGUACCACACAUUCACAAGAAAUCAGUUCUUUUCUACCAACUAGGUCAAGGGGACCACUUGAUAAGUAUGUUACAUCGGAAGCUCAUCAAACCACAUUGAAUACACCUUUCAAAAAAGAGGAAAGAAGACAAGCAUCCCGAGCACUUGCACGAUGGUUCCAAAUUAUUGUCAUUCCAUUCAAUGCAGCAAACAAUGAAUAUUAUGUUCAUGCAAUGAAAUUGGUAUCCAAUUUUGGUCCCGACUUUGAUGCUCCUACAAGCCAUGAAUAUAGAACUUGGAUGCUCAAAGAAAAAGUUGAGGAUGUACAAAGUAUGAUGAAAGAACAUCAAAAGGCUUCCUCUAUUAAGAAUGAAGAUUUGUUGUAUGACUAUUUGGAUGAUGUUAUUCAACAAAUUGGGAAGGAGAAUGUGGUUCAAGUUAUAUCCGACAAUGCUUCGAACUACAAGAAUGUCGGGGCAAAACUUAUGGAGAGGAAAGAGAAUGUGUGGUGGACUGCAUGUACGGCUCAUUGCAUUGAUUUGAUGCUAGAAGAUAUUUCUAAGAUACCAUGGUUUGAUGACACGCUCAAACAUGCGGCUUGGUGGGAGCGUUUUGGGCAUAAAACACCCGAGUUAAUGAAGUUUGCUAUUCGAAUUCAUACAAAAAGAAGGAAUAGGCUUGAACACAAAAGGCUUAAUGCUUUAGCCUAUGUCAAGUACAAUUUGGCUUUACAACAGAGAAGUAAGAAAAUGAGGGAGAAGUAUGAUCCUAUUGUUGUGGAAGAAAUUGCCUCUUAUGAUGAAUGGAUAACGGAGAUAGAAGAUCUUGUUCUUCCCGAAGAUCUUACAUGGCUUGAGGAUGAGUUAUUGUAUAAUGUUGAGGUCGUAAGGAAUGUGCCACCCCCGGUUUAUGAAAGUGGCUCAUACAUUCAAGAGCCUAGAGUCUUCUCCUCUUCCUCCUCCUCGUGA